CUUGAAAGUGGUUAAAGAAUAUGUCUCAUUUGAUAAAUCGUGGAAAGAUGGAAAAAGUUUUUACAAGCGCUUAAAACUUUUGUAUGAACUAUGGGGAAAGGAACGCUUGCCUCGCGGCUAUGGAGUCUUGCCACGACCUCGCGACUGCCCAAGAGCUUCAUUUCCGUCUCCAACGCCUUAUGCGACCCAGAGGCGAUGUCUACGCGCUCAACAAGGUGAUCGACAUGUAUGGCCGGUGUGGUAACACGGAGAUUGCUCGAUGGAUCUUCGAUGGCAUUCACAAGGAUUCCUUUUCAUGGGUGCUCAUGCUCUGCGCUUACGCACGCAAUGGGCAGCUUCAGGAGGCCAGAAGGAUCUUUGAGCAAAUGCCCGAGUACGAUGUCGUGAGCUGGAACUCGCUUCUUGCUGCAUAUGCCCAAAACGGGCAUCUUGACGAUGCUCGGCGUUUAUUCGAGGCCAUGCCGGAGAGAAGUCUUGUCUCGUGGAAUCUGAUGCUUUCAGUAUACGCGCUCAACGAGAGCCUAGAUGAAGCAAAGAGAUUGUUUGACGAGAUGCCCGCUUGGAAUCUGGUUUCAUGGACGACGCUGCUUGCAUCAAAUGCCUUGCAUUUCAGUCACAAGAUCUUCGAUCAGAUGCCUGAGUAUGAUGUUGUUUCUUACAACGCGAUGGUUGAUGCUUUUGGCCAAAGGCAAAAAUUUCUAGAAGCCAAAGACGUCUUUGAUGGAAUCCCGGAGCCAAACCUGGUAUCUUGGAACACAAUGCUUGCAGCGUAUGCCCAAUCCGGGCAUACCAAAGAUGCCGCGGACUUGUUUAAGAUAAUGCCAGAAAAGAAUAUCGUGUCGUGGACCAUUUUGAUGGUGGCGUAUGGAAACACUGGCGACGUGGAAUAUGCUCGAUUUUUGUUUUUGUUGAUGCCCGAGUGGAAUCUCAUGACAUGGAACGCUCUACUAGCUGCAUAUUCCCAAGGAGGGUAUCUGGAAGAAUCGAAGGCGGUGUUUGAUUCCAUGCCUUUCCAAGACUCGGUAUGUCGGACAACGAUGCUAGCAGUGUAUUCUCGCCAAGGGUGUCUUGGAGAGGCUCAAGCUUUGUAUAAUUCCAUUCCAUUAAAGAGCGUGGUAUCGUCAAAUGCUAUCAUGUCGGUAUAUACCCAGUUUGGGCAUGUUGUUCCUGCAAAGAAUCUUUUCGACCGGAUGCCGUGCUUGAGCAUCUUUUCCUGGAACGUCAUGCUUGCGGCAUACACUCAUAGCUCCAGAUUUACUUCAGCUUUGGAGCUCUUUGACUCGAUGAAGAUCAUUGAGAAAAGUUUUGAUUCUUCUACUCUCCUCUUGGUUUUGAUGGCUUGCAGUCGAGCCGGAAAAGUUUACAGUGGUCGAUGUAUCUUCGUCUCCUUGACCCAGGAUUUUGGCAUGAAGGCUACCAAGCAGCAUUUUUGCUGCUUGGUUGAUAUGCUUGGACGGGCUGGGCAUUUGGACGACGCCGAGAGUUUGGUUUCGAGCAUGCCUUUUGUUCCCGAGGCGUCGGACUGGACUUGUUUGUUGGGGGCUUGCAAGAGUCACAGUGCAAUGGAAAAUGGAGCUCGGGUCACACAGAAACUUGUUGAGUUGGACCCCAAGUAUGGAGCUUCGUAUGUUUUGCUUGCUAAUACUUUCUCAGCACAUCCUAGAAAACAAGUUUUGCCGGAGCUGCACCCUGACCAAUGCAUCCAGCUAAAGAUUUUUAUGCUGAAUGAACCAGGUAUAACCGUUUAAUUCGCAGUUUCUUCUCCCUUGAUCGAAUUCUAGGCACGGGAAAUUCACCAGGAACAUGUCUCAACACGCAACUAGCAUCUGGAAGCUCAUUUCUCGACUGACGUGCCGCGUCCCUUUUAUGCGCAAACGAAUUAUCAAACGCGGAUUCAUCCCUUUUAUGCGCAAACGAAUUAUCAAACGCGGAUUCAUCCCUUCAGGCCGAGAAAGCUCACAGUCACAAAAAACAUAUGAACCGUGUGGAUUCCAAUGACUUGCGAGGAAAAAGAAAAAGAGGAUGGUUGCUGUAAAGCUUGACAAAAGCCCACCCGUGAUGAAAAGCGAAGCUAUCUUAGCUCGUCUUCACACACGACCGAUCUACACGUACUGCCUAUCAAAACUCCGUGAGUGAAGGAUGCCAUUCACGAGGCGUUACUGCUCAGCCAAGCAUUUACUUUCUUCAUGUACACUCAAAUAUAACAUCUUGGCUCUUGGUAGAUGCAAAGGGAUCUUCUACAAGCUCUUUUACAAGAGUUUUUACAAGAAGUGGGGCAGCCGCUACUUUCACAAGGGUAUGAAGUUAUCCUUUCGUUUUUUUCUGUUUUUUUUCUUGGACCUGUUUGAGUUCUUUGAGCCACAUAGACAGGAGUUAUGAUAUUCCACCAUACGAGCGGAGUCACGCUUGUAGCUUUUCUUCCUCUUUUGAGUUUGCCAAGUAGAAUACCACACUGUACAGAGAGGAAAGGCGUGCGUAUACAGAGAAAGUCUCUACGUACGAGAUGACAAGGAGUGGUAAGUGGUUUCUCGUUUUUCUUCCAUUUUCCUCCCUGUGCUCGCUGUGCGAGUGUGCGGCUUGUCCCAAAUUCUUAGUGACAGAGGCAGUCUGUGAGAGCGCUGAGCCCCCAGUCCUUGUUGUGUUAUUCUCAGCUUUUAAGAUCUGGAACACAGGCUCUAGUGUGCAUUAAAGUCACCUUUGCACUACACUACACCUCCCUUCUCUUCUUCCUGGACUGGCUUCAAGGAGAGACUGUUUAGUCCUUGACUGUGUUGUCACAUUUAUUCCCAUUGAAAGUGAGAGCCACCAAAAGAAAGAGAGGUGAAGCAAAAAAAAAAGGAGCUCUCUUUUCCUCUUUUAGUUUCCUCUUCUUCUUCCUUCUUCUAUUUCUUGCACUUCAAGGAUUGCGAGGCUGUUUCCAUCGAAGCUUCAUGGAUGGCGAUGGGAUCCAUUAGAAAACUAUACGUGGAGGGCGGCGAGCAUAAACUCUCCACUCCAAACCGAUCUAAGUUUUCGUGGAUUUUGUUUUGGAACAUUGACUAAGCAGCAACACCACAUGACACAUGACGAGAACGUCGUGUGAGGCGUAUGUGACAACGAAACCAACAAAUCGCACAAGUAGAGAGAGAUGGAUAUUAUAGAACUAUGAUCUUAUAGUGACUGUGAUCUUAUAGCAACUCUUGUUUAACAAGGUUGGGGUCCUCCUUCUCUUCACUCGA